AUGCCGGCCUACCUGGCCAAUGAUGGCGACGCAGAGCGUAGCGAUGGCCGCUCAACCAGCCCUAAUUCAUACCAUGGGUCACGUCCACGCUCCGCUCGAGGAAGAAAAGAGGUGGGUAUGAUCGGUCAAGCCAGCUGGAUCAGCAGCGUCAUCAAUCUGGUCAAUACAAUCGUCGGUGCCGGUAUCCUCGCCAUGCCCCUGGCCCUCUCACGUAUGGGAAUACUACUCGGCACCAUCAUCAUCCUAUGGGCAGGCCUGACCGCAGGCUUUGGUCUCUACCUUCAAACGAAAUGCGCCAGAUACCUAGACCGCGGCGCUGCUUCCUUCUUCGCUCUCUCGCAAAUCACAUAUCCAAAUGCAGCCGUUAUAUUCGACGCGGCCAUUGCGAUCAAAUGUUUUGGUGUCGGGGUUAGCUAUCUUAUAAUCAUUGGGGAUUUGAUGCCAGGUGUGGUCCGAGGUUUCAAUGAAGACGCUGGGGGCGUUGGGUUCCUGGUCGAUAGACAUUUUUGGGUUACUGCGUUUAUGCUUAUCGUUAUACCCCUAUCAUUCUUGCGGCGUUUGGACUCUCUUAAAUAUACGAGUGUGGUGGCUUUGAUAUCGAUUGGGUAUCUGGUCAUACUGGUUGUCGCCCAUUUCAUCAAAGGGGAUACCAAGCAGGAUAGAGGCGAUAUCAGAGUGGUCCAACCGCCGAGCGCAGUCGCGGUCUUCAGCAGCUUUCCUGUUAUUGUCUUCGCAUAUACAUGUCAUCAAAAUAUGUUCUCAAUACUGAACGAGAUUGGCAAUAAUUCGCAUUUCAGGACCACCGCCGUGGUCUUUGCCAGCAUAGGUGCUGCAGGGUUCCUGUAUGUACUUGUAGCUAUUACUGGGUAUCUCUCCUUCGGUAAUGCAGUGGGAGGCAAUGUUGUUGCAAUGUACCCGCCAUCGAUAUCCUCAACCAUCGGCAAAGCCGCCAUCGUCAUUCUCGUCAUGUUCUCCUACCCUCUCCAGGUCCACCCAUGCAGGGCCUCCGUCGACGCAGUACUCAAAUGGCGGCCGAGGCGGAGUGCCGACUCCGCAAAUAGUUCUCCAUCCAGAUCUGGUCUCUUGCAGCCACCUGCUAAACCGUCCACUAAGCCCAAAGGCGAUGGCAUGGGCGAAACACGUUUCGCAGCCAUCACUACAGCCAUCAUCGUUCUCAGCUACAUAGUGGCCAUGACAGUUUCAUCACUUGAAAAGGUGCUCGCGUACGUGGGAAGCACCGGAAGUACCAGUAUCAGUUUCAUCCUUCCUGGAUUAUUCUACUACAAAAUAUCCUCGCCUGAGUCGCCACAUCACCAAAAGCUGAUGAAAGAAGAUGAUGAUGAGGACGAUGGGUCUGGUAGUGAGGAUGAGGGUCUCCUUGGCGGAAGUAUUUUGAAGGGCGGACCAUGGCGGAGAAAGUUGCUGCGGCGGCUUAGUCUUGCGCUUGCGAUUUAUGGGUUCAUUGUCAUGAUCACUUGUCUAAUCACGAACACGCUGUUCGUGGUUGCGCCUCAUUGA